GGGCUCGGUGUUCAGAAACUUAGACUUGAACAGUGUUCGUCGACACAGCAAAGAAGCCACUAGUGUUGUGUGAAACCUUUCAUUUUGACCAGCCGCGUGUGCAGUGACGAAGCCUCCGCACGAUGCGUCCGGUACCAGCAAUUAUUCUUUGCGCUCUUUUUUACCUUGGUGUUGCCCAAGAUACGACAAAUUAUGAUGAUAAUAAUGUUAAGACAAACAACGUAGAACCAUCGCCAUCGGUUCGUUUGGAUCCCUAUAUAAGAAAAGCAUUGUUAAAAGCACUUAGUGAUCUUGAAGAGAAUGAAAAUGUAACCAUCUCUGAAACAACAGAUGGCACAUCACCUUUUUUUUCGGAAAAUACUAGUGACGAAGUAACAGUUUCACAAGCUAAGAAAGAAAACAUACAAAUUCAUUCGUUUGUUGUUAAUGGCCAAUCUGCGUUUAAUAAUUCAUCACAUGUUACUCCAAUGUUCAUAGAUAAAAAUAUAUCAAUUUUAAGCACAACAGUCGGUAAUGUUGAGAAUCAUGAUAUAGCAAAUCCGACAAAAACGCCAUUCAAUGAAAUUUUCCAAACAAGAGAAUCUGGCGUUAAUAUACAACAAGUACGAAGCAUACCAAGUGCAUCCAAAACAAAAGACAGCAAUUUUGCCCAAAAUAAAUUGACAACAGAGAAACCUCGCCGCAUUUCAACAACUACAACAUCAACAACAACUACGACUACAACACCAAAACCAACGCACAAUGAAGAUGGCGAAAAUAUUGAAGAAGUGAGUAAAAAGGAUGUCCAAGUAUUUCAAGCACCCUUAGUAGCGGCUUUUACAGUUCAUCAAGAUGCAGACGGAGUACCAAAAAAAGUUAUACCCAUCUAUCAGCAAACAAAUAUUCAAAGUGGUUCAAAAACAUCAUCAAUAUCAAACUUACCAACGAAUAUUCCACAACACUUGAACCCAAAUAACCCAGUCAACUAUAUACAAGACUUUACUUCCACUGAAUUUAUCAGUCAACAGUUAACUCUACAAAAACAAUUAGAAGAUAAACAAAGAAUUUUGGAAGAGCGAUUACGAUUCCUACAAAUACAGCAAAGGCAACAAGAAGAGUUAUUAAGGAGUCAACAAGUUCUUUUGCAACAGAAGGAAGCUGAAAGAAUACAACAGUCGCUGUUUGAGCAAGACCAAUUUAAGAAACAAUUAUUGCUAUUAGAACAACAAAAGCUUCCAACACAACAAUUAUCUAAUUUUCACGCACAUAAAAACUUUCCACAAAACCAAAUUUUAAAUCAAAACAACCAAAGACCACAAAAAUCCCAAGUAUCAAUUCAACCAAGCGUUUCUUUAGACCAAACCAAUACCCUAGCCGCUCAGCAGCAACUUCCAAACAGAGAAGCUGUUGAUUUUCUUAUUCACUUACGUACGAAACAACAAAAUCAGUUUCCUCUACAAGACAACCAUCUCCCUCAAGGCAUAAGCAAUUUUUUGCAACCUAAUUCUGCCCAAAAUUUUAAUCAAGGCUUAAAUUUUCAACUAACAAAUCAAAUAAAAUCUUCAGAUGACCCAAGACAAAAACAAGGUACUCGAGUAUUUCGUCAUGAAAGUGGUGUUGGGAACUUAGGUAUUAAUAUUCCAAAUUAUAAUAGAUUCAAUACGUUUGACCCACCAUUUACAAACCACUUCUCAACACCAAACAGAAUUAGCCAGUUCAGUCCAGAUGUCGAGUUAAAACAGUUAUUAGCUCAAAGUAAUCUUAACUCACGAGCGCAGGAAGAUCUUAAUAUUGUAUCAAAAGUUUUGUCUCUGAAUCAUGGAAUUCCAUUUCACAACAUUCCUAAUCGAUUGUCUUUCGAUAAUCGAAGACGUACAAGAACUUCGUCGUAAAAAUACUAAAACAUAUUUUGGAAAUAAUCAUAGAUGAACUUUCAGUUUUUAAAUGUUGUGUACCUGUUUUGAUACGAGUUUCAAGCAUUAUUUCAACAGAUUUCCAGGGAGAGCGUUUUUUCUUAUGUGCAAAGAACACGAAGUUAUUUUUGAGUAAGUCAUACAUGAGACACAACCCAAAGAUAUCAAGGUGACUUUGUGCAUUGUACUUAGCAUUAAUCAUAUUAUUUCACAAAGUUAAAGACAGUUCAAUCCACGAUAUCGCACCCAAC